UAUAGGCGUAAACGAGGCACAUAGCAAUAGCGUUGCUGUAUAAAGAGAAGAUACGCAUAAAAAUAAUAGACAAUAUGGAAAAAGAUAAGAAGGCCAAUAAUGGGAUGAUGUGCCUUGUCAGAAUUAUUUCGCAUUAGAUGCUAAAAAUCAAGUUCCGAAAUGAACAUUGGAGAAACAAAUCUGCAUGCAGUCGAAAUUCGUUACUGCAAGCAUUAAUGCGAUACCAUCAACUUCGUCUCCGGAGUCACGUUUUCAACCUACAAUCGAAACAUACGUCAGAAUCAAACCGUUAAAAAUGCUGAGUUCAAUCCAUAUCUUAAUGGAUUCAAUAGUUAAUCUCAUUGAAGAAAGUCAAAAAACAAAUAAGACAAAUCUACUUCCAAAAAUUUUGAAGCUAAAUUCAUCGCAAUCAGAUGUGUUCGACAACGUUGUACGUAAACGAAUCAUUAAUUUUGUCAAAGGUGAAAAUUCAACAGUCAUUGUCUAUGGAAUGCCCCAGUCAGGAAAAACAUAUACAUUCAUCGGAAAUCAAGAUAAUCCUGGAAUAGUCCCACACGCGAUAAAGUUAUUGUUCUCCAUGGUGAAGUGUGAUACUAAUCCGAGGUAUAAAGUAAACAUGAAAAACGAAAUUGAUCCUUUGGACUCAUUAGAUCACUACAGCCUACGUAGGAGACACGCAUAUAUUAAUUAUGAAAAUAUAGGAAUUGAUACGUGCGUAGAAGCGCAAUUGUACUUUGAUCACUUAGAUGCUUCUGUUCUCAUGUCAGAGGACAGGUUCUGGGAUUCUGAGAAGGAUCUGUUUUCGGUGUGGAUAUCGCUGGUGAAGGUGUGUCCUAGUGGGUAUAUUGAUACUUUUGAUACUGAUAAUAUCUACUACGAUAGAUAUUCCGGGAAUACAUUGAGAGUUACAACAUAUGAGUCCGCAGAAUUUCGAAAUGUCACAACGGCAUUAGACGCUUGCCAACUACUGAUUAGCGCCCUAAAUAGAAAUAAUUACAACCGCGUAGUUCAUGGAAUUAUCUUGACAAUCAAACUUCUCAAAUAUCCACCUAACUAUACACCUAAAUGCCAAGAAAGUGCCCCGGUGCACUGCAGUACUAUGACUUUCUACGAUUUUAAUUCUGAAUCCCAGUUUGUUACGCAAGAUGCUAUGUUAGCGAACGAGUACAAUUUCAGCGAAAUUUUUAAUGCGAAUAUGAAGUAUAUUAAAGCUUUUACUGAAUCGAAUAGCGGAAGCAUAUAUAAUAUCUUCUCGAGUUACACCAAGUUCCUCCGUCAAGAACUGUUAAGUCGACAGUCACUCAGUUUUAUCGCGACCAUUAACAUUGAUGCGCUAUCUAAUAUGCUCAUCUUGCACGAUUUGGCAAUUUUAAAAUCGUGGUAUCUUAAUUCUGAAGAGCGGCAAAGAAAUGACACAUUGGAAGCAGCACAGCCUGAAACAUCCAAGGAUGACGAAAAACGUACAGCAGAAUGUAUUCACGAUCUUGUUGAAUCGUGGAAAUCCAGAAAUCCAUAAAUUUGUCAGAAAGUAUUUUUAAAAUUAUUACCUACAAUAAGUAAACCUAUAUUAUCUCCUGUUUGUACUAUUACAUUUAACACUUGA